GAGGAGAGAGUGAGAGAGGGCUCGCUAUCCAGUUCGCAGACUAAGCAGAAGAAAGAUCAAAAAACAGAAAAGAGGGGACGAGCAAACAGGCGCUUUCAAGAACAAUCCCUUCAUCUCCAAGCGGACUGCGGUCUAGGGAUCCAAAUUCAGUGCCCACCGAAGACAAAGGCGCCCCAAGGGAGUGGCGGCACGACCCCAGGGCUUGGGCCCCACCGCGGAGCCCGCACCGCUGGCUGCCGGGACGGUCGCGGACCAUGUCUCCAGCCCCACGGCCCACCGGCGGUCUGCUGCUCCCCCUGCUCACGCUCGCCACCGCGCUCGCCUCCCUCAGCUCGGCCCAAAGCAGCUUCAGCCCCGAAGCCUGGCUGCAGCAGUAUGGGUACCUGCCCCCAGGGGAUCUGCGAACGCACACACAGCGCUCACCCCAGUCACUCUCAGCUGCUAUUGCUGCCAUGCAGAGGUUCUACGGUCUGCGAGUGACGGGCAAGGCAGAUGCAGACACCAUGAAGGCCAUGAAGCGACCCCGCUGUGGUGUUCCUGAUAAGUUUGGAGCCGAGAUCAAGGCCAAUGUUCGAAGGAAGCGCUAUGCCAUCCAGGGCCUCAAAUGGCAGCAUAAUGAGAUCACUUUUUGCAUCCAGAAUUACACCCCCAAGGUGGGAGAGUAUGCCACAUUCGAGGCCAUUCGCAAGGCAUUCCGCGUGUGGGAGAGCGCCACACCACUUCGUUUCCGAGAGGUACCCUAUGCCUAUAUCCGAGAGGGCCAUGAGAAGCAGGCGGACAUCAUGAUCUUCUUCGCUGAGGGUUUCCAUGGUGACAGCACGCCUUUUGAUGGCGAGGGUGGCUUCCUAGCACAUGCCUAUUUCCCGGGCCCCAACAUCGGAGGGGACACCCACUUUGACUCUGCCGAGCCCUGGACUGUCAGGAAUGAGGAUCUGAAUGGGAAUGACAUCUUUCUGGUGGCUGUGCAUGAGCUGGGCCACGCCCUGGGCCUUGAGCAUUCCAAUGAUCCCUCAGCCAUCAUGGCACCCUUUUACCAGUGGAUGGACACAGAGAAUUUCGUGCUGCCCGAUGACGACCGCCGGGGCAUCCAGCAACUGUACGGGAGUGAGUCAGGGUCCCCCACCAAGAUGCCCCCUCAACCCAGGACUACCUCCAGGCCCUCUGUCCCUGAUAAGCCCAAAAACCCCACCUAUGGGCCCAACAUCUGUGACGGGAACUUUGACACCGUGGCCGUGCUCCGAGGGGAGAUGUUUGUCUUCAAGGAACGCUGGUUCUGGAGGGUGAGGAAUAACCAGGUGAUGGAUGGAUACCCUAUGCCCAUUGGCCAGUUCUGGCGGGGCCUGCCUGCAUCCAUCAACACUGCCUACGAGAGGAAGGAUGGCAAGUUUGUCUUCUUCAAAGGAGACAAGCACUGGGUGUUUGACGAAGCUUCUCUAGAACCCGGCUACCCCAAGCACAUCAAGGAGCUGGGCCGAGGACUGCCUACUGACAAAAUCGAUGCUGCUCUCUUCUGGAUGCCCAAUGGAAAGACCUACUUCUUCCGGGGAAACAAGUACUACCGUUUCAACGAGGAGCUCAGGGCAGUGGACAGCGAGUACCCCAAAAACAUCAAGGUCUGGGAAGGAAUCCCUGAGUCUCCCAGAGGGUCAUUCAUGGGCAGCGAUGAAGUCUUCACUUACUUCUACAAGGGCAACAAAUACUGGAAAUUCAACAACCAGAAGCUGAAGGUAGAGCCAGGCUACCCCAAGUCCGCCCUGCGGGACUGGAUGGGCUGCCCCUCGUCAGGGGGCCGGCCGGAUGAGGGAACUGAGGAGGAGACCGAGGUGAUCAUCAUCGAGGUGGACGAAGAGGGUGGCGGGGCAGUGAGCGCGGCUGCCGUGGUGCUGCCCGUGCUGCUGCUGCUCCUGGUGCUGGCCGUGGGCCUCGCCGUCUUCUUCUUCAGGCGCCACGGGACCCCUAAACGACUGCUCUAUUGCCAGCGUUCCCUGCUGGACAAGGUCUGACCCCCACUGCCGCCCGCCCACUCCUACCACGAGGACUUUGCCCCUGAAGGCCAGUGGCAGCAGGUGGUGGUGGGUGGGCUGCUCCCACCUGUCCCGAGCCCCCUCCCUACCCGCCCCGCACUUCCUUUCUUUUCUGUCCCACGACUGCCUCUCUCAACCUCAACCCUGGCAUUGCUUCUUCCCUAGGUGGGUCCCCUGGGGGCUGAUCAGGGGAGGCCCCUUCCAGCCCCUGCCCCCCCACCCUAAGGGGCCUCUGUAGCUUGGUGUGUGUCCAGCCCCAUCUGAAUGUCUUGGCUCUGCACUUGAAGGCAGGACCCUCGGACCUCGCUGGCAAAGGUCAAACGGGGUCAUCUGCUCCUUUUCCAUCCCCUGAUGUACCUUUAACCUCUGAACUCUGACCUCAUGAGGCUCUGGGCAUUCCAGCCCCACAAGCCCCCCAGAAGCACCCUAUUUACAGCCUCCUACCACUCUUUCUGGCUAAAAGGAAUCUAAUCUUGCUGUUUGGGGGAGACCCUGAGAGUAGGAGCAGGUAGGGGUACACAGCUACCCUAAGACCUUGAGAGGAAAGCUCAGGGUCAGUCCUCUCCACAAAGGUCUGCCUCUGCCGCACCUGGCCCCCAGAACUUCCCCAGAAGGAGCCUGAGCCAUUAAGGGGCUGUAGAAACCCUUGGCGGCCCUACCUCCACAAACGUUAGCCUCGGCUGGGGAUGUCAAGGUUAGAACUGAGACUGGAGGUGUGGCUACCGUGGUGGUGUGGGGCCAAGGAGAGAAACUGUCUGGAGCCCUGGGGGUUAGCCUGAAGGCCACAGAGAAAGAAUCUUGCUCAAAUGCAGGCAGCUGGAGUAGGGACCAAGGGGCAGAGCAGUCAGAGGGGACAG